UGCCGGGCGGAGAGCGCGCCCAGAAGAAAUCGCCAUGCCUCCAUCCAGACUGGGUCUCCGUUUGGCUGCUUGUUUACUAAACAUUUCAGAAGCCAGAAGGAAAUAUGUUGUUGAGAACAUAGCAAAAGCAGCCCUUCUUGAAGAAAAUGGGCAGAACCAUCCUGAAGUAUCAGUGCUCAACAUAUUUUCAGAUCAAGAUUAUAACAGAUCAGUCAUUACCAUAGCAGCAUCUAUUGAUAUAUUGGGAAGUUCUGUUCUUGCUGCCUGUGGGGAAGCCUUCCGGUCUAUCAACAUGGGGGCCCAAGAUGGGAUCCAUCCUUGCCUCGGAGCAGUGGACCUGAUUCCAAUUUACCCUCUCUCUGGGAUCGGAGUGGAAGAGUGUGGCUCUGUGGCCAGAAGCAUUGCAGAGAACUUGGUCCUCCGUGUUCCUGGCUGCAGUGUGUUUCUGUUCGGGGAAGCUGACCUGCCUAAGAAGCGCAGCCUUGUCCAGAGAAGGAAGCAGCUGGGAUGGUUCACCAGGAGGGACUUCAGUGCUCUGAAACCUGACUUAGGUGCAGCACCUGCGAGGAGAUGUGGUCUAACAGGUGUUGGCGCCAGCCCUUACGUGAUGAACUGCAACGUCACCAUUGACUCUCGGGACUUGACUGCAGGAAAAGAGAUUGCGAGUGGCAUUCGAGGCUCAAGUGCAAACGGGUUGAAGGGCGUUCAAGCAAUGGCUUUUCCCCAUGAUGGGAACAUUGAAAUUGCUUGCAACGUAGAGAGUUUUGAAGACCAAGAAGCUGGAGAAACGACAGAAGACUUUCAGUACCUGGCUUACCAUGUCCUUGGGAACCGUUUUUCGUAUAUGUCUCCUCCUUAUAUAGAAGCGCAGAUUAAAAAGUUGGCAAGUGACUGGGGAAUUGCUACCAUUGGUGGAGCGUUAGUUGGAUUUACCCCCCAAGAGUGCAAGAGCUGUGCCGAAUAUGCCAUAAAAGGAGGCAUUGGGGAAUUCUGGAAGAAACGGGGAGGUGUGUUCAUGUAAUCCAACCUAAGGCUUCAUUGAAAUUUUAAAGAAAACUAUCAGUCAUUACAAAAUUUUAUUUCAGUGCAAUGAAGCAGAGGGGCAGAUACAAAGAUCUUGGUUGUGGUUGUUGACUGGAAAAUUGGAAACAUUUUCUGGUUAACAGCAAGUACUUAUAGAUUAUCCAAAUGGUCUCUGAUCUUUCUAGUCGUCGCUAAAUCUGUGCACACCUGCUGUGUAUCAGGUGCUGGUAACUUGCAUGUAUUAGAAGACCUCCAGAAUCCGUUGGGUAAAAUAGCUUUCAAUUAUUGUGACUAUAACUAAAAGUGGAUUUGAUUUAUUUGGUUUUAAGGGCUCACUAGUCCCAAAUUCUGUAUCAACUCUUUUUUUUUCCUUUGCAUACUCUUUCUUUUAAAUUGUGAAUUAUUGAAAAUCAAGUACCAAGUGAUUUCGAGGUGGAGAAAAAGAUCAAAUAACCCCCCCCCCCCAUUUCAAGCACACUUGGCCUUUCUUGCUUUGCCAGUUUUAGGAUGGCCUACUGUUCAUUCUGGCGAUAGCGCCCAAAGCCAGAUUUGUCCCAUUUGUCUAAGUUCAUACUGAGAACUAGAAUGGUGGCUUGGGGCAUAAUUCCAGCACCUUAUGUUUAUGCUUUUUGAACAUAAGUGGGAAAUGUGAAUGCGGAGGGAAUCUCUUAUUUUUGAGCAGAGAGAGGAGAGGUACCUAUCACCCCUCUGGGAGGCAUUUUAUUGGGGUGAGGGAAAAAUGUGUAGCCUCUUUGUCAAUUUAAAGAAGGUUCUUAAUAAUGCCGGUGGUGGUGUGUACACUCUUAGUAUUCGUAUUGCUUUAGUACAUGGUGCUUUCUAUCCAUAAAGCAAGGAAAAUGCCUUCUCCCAUA